AUGCACUUCGUACUAUCCAUCCUGGCCCUGGCGAUAUCUGCCUUGGCCGAAGAACCUACGAAAACGACAAGAGACUUCAAAGCCGUGCCUGCUGCCAAACGUCACCUCCUCCUACCCCGGCAAACGUUCUUCCCGAACCCCUUCGGCGACGUGAGCGACGAAUGCGUUAAGGCCGCCGAGGAGUUCGUCGACUCUCUCCCUACGCCUGAUCCCGACCUGAUCCAGGCGAUCGACGUGCCUACAGAAGAAGGCUGCUACACGCUGCCAGAAUCGCUGUAUGAUGCUUGGAGCAGCUACUCUAGCGAGGCAAAGUCUUGGGCUACUGCGCACGCAGAUAUUAUGAGCAAGGCGGAGGAGCAUUGCCCCGAGAGUCCUAUUGGACCUAACUCCGAGUGGUGCGAUGGCGAAGAUCCAAACGAGAACCUUGCGGCCGGGUCGGAAGCACCUUUCGUCGUUGCUGCGGGCGUUGCUGUUGCGGCUGCGCUUCUGCUUUGA